CAGAGUUCAGCUCCACUUUGGGACUCCAGGGUUCAGAGUCACUUCAGUUUCUUCAUCAUGGAUUGUCAAGAAAAUGAGUACCGGGACCAAUGGGGGCACUGUGUCACCUGCCAGCAGUGUGGCCCUGGACAGGAGCUCUCCAAGGAUUGUGGUUAUGGAGAAGGUGGAGAUGCAUACUGCACAGCCUGCCCUCCCCGAAAAUAUAAAAGCACAUGGGGGCAUCACAGGUGUCAGACUUGCAUCACCUGUGCUGUCAUCAAUCGGGUCCAGAAAGCCAACUGCACGAAUACCUCUAAUGCUGUCUGCGGAGACUGUAUGCCCAGGUUCUACCGAAAGACGCGCAUCGGGGGCCUGCAGGACCAAGAAUGCAUCCCGUGUACAAAGCAGACUCCUUCUUCUGAGGUUCAGUGUACCUUCCAGUUGAGUUUAGUGAAAGUAGAUGCACACGCUGUUCCCGGUAAGGAAGCCACACUUGUCGCACUGGUGGGCAGUCUGCUGGUAGUGUUUGCACUUGCCUUCCUUGGACUCUUCUUCCUGUACUGCAAGCAGCUCUUUAAUAGACAUUGUCAAUGUGGAGGUUCAUUGCAAUAUGAAGCUGAAAAGGCAGUGGAGGAGGAUUCUCUUUUCCCCAUGCCACCUGGCCAGGAGACCAGUCCUGAAUUCCCAGUGAAUGAGAUCAAGCCACUCAGCUCCAUCUUGGAUGACGACUGCAGUUCCACGCGUGGCUUUCCCACCCAGGAGUCCUUUACCAUGGCCUCCUGCGCCUCAGAGAGCCAUUCUAAAUGGGUCCAUACCCCCAUUGAAUGUACAGAGCUGGACCUGCAAAAGUUUUCCAGCUCUGUGCCCUGUACUGGAGCUGAAACCCUGAGGGAGAACACAGUUGAAAGCUCCAGAGACAGCCUGGAGCUACGAGUACCUUUUCAAGUUCCCAGCUUUUGACUCUACUGAGGUCUCUUUCACUCUUGGCAACCUUGCCAGUGAUUGUUCCUGGAC